AUGUCCGGGUGCUGCGGCGGCGGCAGUAACUACUCGGUGUGCUGCUACAGCAGCCCCAAGAGCUGCAAGAGGCCGAUGUGCUGCAGCCCCAUGCAGUGCUGCACGCCCUGCUGCACGCCCUGCUGCAUGCCCAUGCAGUCCUGCUGCAUGCCCAUGUCCUGCUGCUACACCAUCAGCAGCAACAACGGCGGUUGCUGCGGCGGUGGCAACGGCGGCUGCUGUGGCGCGAGUUCCUCCCCGCUCUCCGUUUUCCGCUUGCCCCCCACCACCCCCAGGAUGCCCAACGGCUGCUGCGGCUGCUGCGGAAGCAACAAUUACUCGGUGUGCUGCUACAGCAGCCCCAAGAGCUGCAAGGCCCCGAUGAGCUGCUGCCCCGUGCAGUGCUGCACUCCCUGCUGCAUGCCCAUGCAGUCCUGCUGCAUGCCCACGACCUGCUGCUACACCAUCAGCAGCAACAACAACGGCUGCUGCGGCGGCUGCUGCGGCAACUGA